AUCGUCGACUCACUACUACACGCAUACUACUGACUUUCGCAACGCGAUCUGCACGGUACACGAACACCGACUAGGAAUCACAUAUUUGGACGAAGCGAGUUAUUAGUACAAGCGAAAUCAAAUACGAACAAAAUGUACAGCCCAUACGGCUCCUACAGCUCCAUGAGCUCCCCAGCUCAACCGAUGGAGAUCCCCACCAACAGCUACCUAUUCUCCUCGCGAGACUACAGCGCCAGCUGCGCGUUCCCCUCGUGGCCGCAGCGAUCCUCGCUCACCAACGAAGAGCAAGAACAACCGUACCAACGCGCGUCUUCAUACCUCUCCGACGACGAUCUAUUCCCCUGCGACGGCUUCGAGGAUGACGCGCACAGCGUAUCUAGUGCGGGCAGCACGACACCCACGUCACCGACAGCAGUUGCCGAGGACGCCGCCGAGAUGCUAAGAAUCCAACGCGAACAGCAAAUGGCAGUGCAACGUGAAGCAGUCAAGUUCCUGCUCAACGAGAAGGAGCGCCGAAGACAACAACUCAAGCGCCAACGCCGUGGCAGUGGCGGCUCGUCGAAGAAGAGCACACCCAAAAGCAAGCAAGCGCAUCUCGACGCCAUCGCCGAGGCUGGUGAAUGAAGCGACCACUCCUAGAACGCGGAUACAGUUUAUUAAUGAUAUUUUGGAAACAAUUUUACGAAGCAAUGUUUAUUUUACGAUGACACGAAAUGGAACGACACGAUACGAAUUAAUACCCAUGAUACCCUAUUAUGAUACCCCCAAUACCACCACCUAUCAGCACUAGCACCAACGCCCAUCACCGAGAACUCAUUAUAAU